UUACAGUAUCUUACAUGUGUCACACGUAACAUAACCUUACCUUGAUAUCGGAUUUUAACGGUGCUGCCACCGAAGAAUCUUCAGCUGAUUUAUUUCCAUUCCACGAAACUUCGUAGUGUCAUAGUAACAUUCUAUCGUGACACAUAGAGCGCUCAUGGUAGAAUCAGUUACAAACACACAAAGUAUUGCGUGUCCAUACAUCCGAAGAGGUGACCUAGACUUCUGUUUGCUCUACCCUGAGUGUAUCAAGGUAGUUGCAGAAUCACGUUGGCAAUCACAAGAAAAGAGGAUGGAGCACCUUAGAAACAAUAGUUCUGGUUCUUUGGCCAUUGAAAGUGUCCGUGAAAGUCGUGUGCUCGUUCUUUAUACCGGCGGUACCAUUGGAAUGAUUAGAAAUGAAGAUGGAGUUCUCGUCCCUAAAGCGAACGCUUUCGUGAAAAAACUGCGAAAUUAUCCACACAUUUACGACCGAGAAUACGCGGAAAAACGAUUCGGAUUGAUGGGGCCGCUUGUACUUCCAAUGACUGCGACAGACAGCAAACGUGUCAUUUAUAACGUAUUGGAAUAUUCGCCGCUCUGUGAUUCUAGUAACAUGACAAUGGACGAUUGGAUUCGUAUUGCCCAUGAUAUCAAGCAAGCUUACGAACGUUUCGACGGAUUCGUAAUUCUACAUGGGACAGACACGUUAAGUUACACGGCAUCUGCUCUAUCUUUUAUGCUCGAAUCUUUGGGCAAAAUAGUUAUUUUAACUGGCUCUCAAGUCCCAAUUUUCGACAGCAGAAGCGACGGUUUGGAUAACUUUCUGUCAUCCCUAAUAAUAGCUGCAAAUUACAACAUACCGGAAGUAUGCGUAUACUUUGGAACAAACUUGAUGAGAGGGAAUCGUACCUGUAAAAUAUCGGCCACUUCGUUCGAGGCGUUCGAUUCACCGAAUUUUCCACCGUUGGCUAAGGCCAACAUCACGAUAGAAGUGGAUUAUCGGGCAAUAUUCCGACCAUUUACGUUGGAAAAGUUUCACGUACACGCGUCCUUGAACAGAAAUGUUGGAUUGCUACGGAUAUUUCCAAGUAUGACUACGCACUUGGUAAGGGCGUUUCUACAGCCCCCGAUCGAAGGUGUGGUGCUACAGUCCUAUGGAGCAGGGAACGUGCCCACGAACCGAGAGGAUAUAAUUAAAGAAUUGUCCGCAGCUACAAAACGCGGAGUCAUCAUCGUCAAUAUUACACAAUGCGCGACAGGCUGCGUUAAGAAUUCAUACGCACCUGGAAAAUUUCUCGAGGAUGCUGGCGUAAUAUCGGGUUCUGAUAUGACACCAGAAGCUACGUUGACUAAACUCGCUUACGUAUUAUCGAAGAAAGAAUGGGAUUUACAAACGAAGCGUCAAAUGAUGCAGACGAAUCUCCGCGGAGAAUUAACUGCUCAACGACCGCCGUAUCUCGAGGAUAUAGAUCUUGUGGAGGCGGUUGCCAGAUCUCUGAGACUUUCUUCAACGGCGGAACGUCAAGAAUUGGGAUCGAUUCUUUUCCCUGCGAUGUUGAACGCUGCCGUGAGGAGCCGCGAUGUCGUGAAACUCGAAAUCUUGAAAGGAUACGGUGCAGAUAUAUCGCAACAAAACGCAGAUGGUCGCACGGCAUUGCAUAUUGCUUGCUGCGAAGGUGAUUUAAAAGUCGUCCACUGUCUUUUACGAAUGGGUGCGAACGUUCACAUCAAAGAUCGAUUUAACCGUACACCACUUACAGACGCGAUAGAGUUCGACCAUCACGAGAUCAUUAAUAUUCUAAUACAUAAUGGUGCACACUUACACGGAAGCGCAUAUAUAAUAGGAGAGAAAAUGUGUGCCGCUGCAGCCGUUGGAAACGUGAAGCGUUUAACGUCGUAUCAAUUAGCGAACGCAGACCUUUCGCAGAAGGAUUUUUCUGGGAGGACACCCUUGCAUUUCGCAGCGCUACAUAAUAACACACAAGCUGUUCAAUUCUUAUUGGAUCAUAAUGUGGAGACGGAAUGUUUCGAUAAAACGGAACAAUCGCCGCACGAUCUUGCUAAAGCGUCGGGUUCCGUAGAUGCGGCGAGAUUGUUGUCGCCGUUUUAUUCCCCGAACUCGCUAGUUACGGAGGAAACUUCGAGAUGAAAGUGAAACGACCGCUGGUCCGUAGCUAUAAUCACACAGUUU